ACCGUGCACCAAGUGUGUCGUCAUCAGCGCUCACGAUGAUGGAAUGAAGAAUCCUCUUCACAUUACUCAAAAACAUUCUUCUGUGGAGUUCUUGCUACCGAUGGAAGACAAACACUGACGUUUAUUCGGCUCAAUGGGACGUUCGACGAAAUAACACCGGCAAGGCGCGGCUUCAACGCGCAAACAGGAUUUUAUAGCUUCCUCCCUGCCGUGUGGUAAUCAUCGGGACAUUGCAGAAGAUACUCAACAACAACUUGAGAACGUUACACCUGCAAGCUCAGAUGGCCCAUCACUAUGAGUCCUGGUUACGGACAGCACCAUCUAGUGGCAACUCAGAAGACAUCAACAACAUCCCUUCCUGGUGGGAUCUCCAGAGGGAGGUUCACUCAGGGAACUGGAUUGAUCUCCACACAGGGCAAGGUUUCGGUUUGCCUUCCGUGAGUCCAGGGAGCUCCAUGGGUCUGCAGUCCUCUUUAGCAUCCUACGGUUCCGACCCGCAGCUCUGCACCUUGCCUCUGACUCAGCAUGUACCGCCAUCGCACUCGCCUCACUUCUUCCCUCAGGACGGCUUCAAGAUGGAGCCUCUGCCUGCUGAAAUCCUGCAACAGGAGCCGCUCCCCCUGGAGGAGCCACAGGAGAAUGUCGGGUUGGCCCGCCCAAAGUCCCAGCGACGCGCUUCCAGAGGCGGCGGCACGGCGGCCUGUCGCUGCCCUAACUGCGUUCACGCGGAGCAACUGGGUCAGAGCGCCGACGACAGCCGGAGGAAGCACAUGCACAACUGCCACAUCCCCGGCUGUGGCAAAGCCUACGCCAAGACCUCCCAUCUGAAGGCUCACCUACGCUGGCACAGCGGGGACAGGCCGUUUGUCUGCAACUGGCUCUUUUGCGGCAAGCGGUUCACGCGUUCCGAUGAACUGCAGCGCCACCUGCAGACGCACACCGGCGCCAAGAAGUUCAGCUGCACGCUGUGCCCUCGAGUGUUCAUGCGCAACGAUCACCUGGCCAAGCACAUGCGCACGCACGAUUCCACGGCCGGGCGCGGUGAGGAGAGGGUGAACGGAGAGGAAAAGGUCUUUGAUUCCUCCAAACCUCCUCAGUCAUCUUCAAACAUGUCCAUGCCUGACACCUCAGAGUCUUCCCUCAAGUUGAAGUGUAAGACAGAGUCCUCGGUCUCCAGUGGAACUGGAUAGUGAACAUCAUUUCAUAACCACCGUCAAGAUUUUAAAAGGUUUCUGUCUGUUGCACUUUGUGUCAUAAGACUUGUACAAUGGAGUGUUUUAGGUUAAAAAAAGCUACUUGGAACAGAAUGUGCUCUGCAAAAUGAUUGACAUUGAGCGAACCACAAAGUGAUAAACCAGAAAGGCUCUCAGUAGAGCACAGACCUCUGCUGAGGUGAGUUUUUAUGUUGGUCCACCUGUAUGUUAGCAGGCCUGCUUUAUAGAGGGUGAUGUAAGUGUCAGAACCGUAGGGGAGUUUUUAUCAUGAUGCUCUGAAAAAUUCAGAAUUUCUCUUGUCAAUGAGGAAUAACGUACAAGGAUGGGAUUUGCAUGAUAGUAGGUCUCCGCUAUUUUUUAUAUGUGUUCCAAGAACUCCCGACAAAGGCAAAUAAAACUGCUAAUAACUAUGAAAAAGCUCUAGAGAGCCUCUUGUUUAUACAUGAAACCAGGGGUCUCCAACAGGCAGCAGAUUUUGAGUACUUGCCAAAACUCUUUGCUAUUUUUAAACGUGCUCUGUUCAGUCUAUUUGAUGACAAAACUAGUGUUGUCAGAUGAAUAAUUUUUUUAUGUAUAAUUAAUUUGUUUUUAAUCUCACCUAAAAAUUGAUGGGAUGGUCGAUCAAAAGAUUGACGUGUAUGACAAAAAAGGUGGCUUGUAAACUCAUUUAAGUGUGACUUGAAAGUACCGUAUUUUUCAGACUAUAAGGCGCACUUAAAAUCCUUUCAUUUUCUCAAAACUCGACAGUGCGCCUUAUAACCCGGUACGCCUAAUGUAUGGCAUCAUUCUGGUUGUGCUUACCGACCUCGAAGCAAUUUUAUUUGGUACAUGGUAAAAUGAUAAGUGUGACCAGUAGAUGGCAGUCAUACAUAGGAGAUACGUGUAGACUGCAAGAUGACGCCAGUAACCAACACCAAAACUUUAAAUGUUCCAUUGAGAAUAUAGAACAUUACACACGGCGCUCAAAAAUCUGUCAACAUUUUUUUAGUACAACUUCAGUAAGCUGUGAAGCCACACCGCUUGAUGGAUUGUACAGUGCGUCAACAUACGAGUAUUAUUAUGGUGUGUGUAUAAGGACCGCAAAAUAGCACCUAUUAGCAAACAUAUUACCUGGCGUUCUGUUUUGCAAUAUUACCUUCUGGUACCUGCUGAUGUGUAUUUGGGAUCUGCAUAAUUCCUGAAAAUGCGCACGCGUCCACCAUUGUAGUCCGUGGCGACGCCGUAGUCAUAAGUGUCUUCUUUUUCUCUCUCUUCUUAUGUGGCAUUCA